AUGGCUUCCCCCACUAUCAAGCUGAACAGCGGACAUAACAUGCCCCUCGUUGGGUUUGGUCUCUGGAAAGUGAACAAUGACACCUGUGCCGACCAGGUCUACGAAGCUAUCAAGGCCGGAUACCGUCUCUUUGACGGUGCUUGCGACUAUGGCAACGAAGUAGAAUGCGGCCAAGGCGUCAAGCGCGCACUUGAGGAGGGUCUCGUGAAGCGCGAGGAACUCUUCAUCGUUUCGAAACUCUGGAACAGCUUCCACGAAGGCGACCGCGUCGAGCCCAUCUGCCGCAAGCAGCUAUCCGACUGGGGUGUUGACUACUUCGACCUGUACAUCGUGCACUUCCCCAUCGCCCUCAAGUACGUGGACCCAGCCGUGCGCUAUCCUCCCGGGUGGAUGUCUGAGUCAGACAAGUUGGAAUUCAGCUCCGCCACGAUCCAGGAAACCUGGGCAGCGAUGGAAUCUCUCGUCGACAAGAACCUUACCCGCAGCAUCGGGGUAAGCAACUUCAGCUCGCAACUUCUCAUGGAUCUCCUGCGUUAUGCGCGCGUGCGCCCGGCGACCCUGCAGAUCGAACACCAUCCGUAUCUCACCCAGCCCCGAUUGGUCGAGUAUGCCCAGAAGGAAGGAAUCGCCGUCACGGCAUAUUCGUCUUUCGGGCCGUUGAGUUUCCUAGAGUUGGAGGCCAAGCGAGCGCAAACCACGCCGCCGCUGUUUGAGCAUACAACGGUCAGGUCCAUUGCCGAGAGAUAUGGGAAGACUCCGGCGCAGGUACUCCUGCGGUGGGCUACGCAGCGUAAUAUCGCUGUUAUUCCGAAGUGUAAUAAUCCGGCGAGGUUAGCUCAGAAUCUGGCUGUUACGGGGUGGGAUCUCGAUCAGAGUGAGCUGGAGGCGAUUGGCUCGUUGGAUAUUGGAUUGCGGUUUAACGAUCCUCCCAGCUAUGGUAUCUACGCUCCGAUCUUCUAG